AUGGGACUGAUUUUGGAUCCCACUGGGGCUGCUUUGUAUGAGGGAGGGCACGCCAAACAUGCGCAGCUCCCGCAGCCUCUCCCCGCGGGGCCUGGACUGCAGCCCUUCUGUCUCAGGCUGGCCUCCCUCGCAGGGAGGGGGUCAGAGCGACACAAGACAGAUGAGGGACGCGCCAGAGGUGGCCCCGAGGCAGGAGCCCGCGGCAUAGUUCGUGGCCCGGCCGGCGAUUGGCAGCCACGAGGCUUCCCAGUCCCCGGAGGCGCCGGCCGGCCCUUCCCCGCUCCCCGCGCACGGGACGGCCCGCCGGCGGCGGCAGCGGCGAUUGGCGGGGCGGGGCGGGGGGGGGGGGCGGCCAGAGCCCAGCCGAGCGCCCUCCCGCCUGCCCGCCCUCCUCCGGCUGUGUUGCGCGGGGAGCCGCGGUGGGCGCCGCAAGCAGCGAGGGAGGGGGGCCCGCUCCAGCCCAGCACGCCGCCGCCGCCGCCGCCAUGCAGCCGUAGCAGCCCAGAGUUUUUGGGACCCGGCAGCAGCUGCGAGGCCAUGGGGAGCAGCAGAUGCAGCAGGAGCAGCAGCAGCAGGGCUUGAAGACAUUCGGGACUGUCUUAACCUGUGGGGAAACGGUACGUUCACUUCCGCCGCAGCACGACUGACUGCACUUCGACCAGUGUCAGAAUUCAAAAUGACCUGGACAGACUGGAGAGCUGGGCCAAAACUCACAAAGUGGAUUUCAGCAAUGAUAAAUGUGAGAUACGACACUCUGGCAGAAAACAGUGAAAUGCACAGAUACAAGAUGGGCGACGCCUGGAUUGACAACAGUGCGUGUGACUGGGAUCUGUGAGUCUUAGUAGACCACAAACGGAACAUGAGGCAACAGUGUGAUGCAGCGGCCAAGAAGGCCAAUGCGAUUUUAGGCUGGACCAAUGGGAGUGUAGUGUUGUGCUGAUCAAGGAACAUAAUAGUACUUGUCUGUUCGGCAUUGGUCAGACCUCACCUGGAAUAUUGUGUAUAGUUCUGGGCACCAUAAUUCAAGAAGGAUAUUGGCAAGCUGGAACGGAUCCAGAG